AACACAUGUAAUCUUACACAAGCUAAUACCAAACCCUGAAGGCGAGUUUUGUAAUAUGUUGCAGCCCCUCUUCAUGGUACUCCUGUCUCGCUGAAGGAAGCGGGGUUUAUCACGAACACUUCGACAACAAUGAAGUCCAUCGCCUGUUUCUCAUCGUCUGUCAGAGCGGCGUGUCAGCACACCUCAGCCUGUUUCCCUCUCAAUCGGGGUCUUAAUCUGUGCAGUCCAGUGGGCAGAUGUUCCGAUGUGGAUUUUGCCAGCAAAACUGUUGUUGCGCAACAACCGUGCGUAACCGGUGUGCGCACUUUUCACAGUACGCAGGUUACCAAAGCAGCGGUCCAGCAGGUGAUUGCAUCACCUCUCCCCGCCCUGGUGCCCAUACCAGGGAGAACUGAGGAUGAACUGAACGUGUACCAAUUUGGCAGACGCAUGCCCCCUAAAACGGCUGCAAGACAAGCAACACACCUAUCUCCAUACGUCCCAUACACCAUACCACAGAGCAAUGCAGCCGCACUAGUCAACAUCCAGACUCUGAUUGAAGGGGAGGUGAUCCCUGAGCUGUGCUCCAGUCUGGCAGACUUCCCCAGCAACGACAGGGCAGAUGGACUGGCCACUUUACUCGGAGCAUGUGUUGAAUUUGGCCUGAAGGCCCACAGCCCUCUAGUCGUCAGACUGAUAAAUGAGUGUCUGGAGGUCCUCUCCAGCAGGGACAUCUUGGUGUCACAGCUCUGCCACCUGGGUGAGGUGGCGUACGCCCUGGAAGGCCGCCAGUCAGCCGUGGUGACAGAGGUCCUGGACUCUCUGUGUGCUGCUGUAGAAGAGGAUGUUGUGUCUCCCAGCGAGGCUGCCAGGACCUACUCCCUGCUGGCUCUGUGUCACGAUCCUGCCAGCCUGCGGCAGAAACUUAUGCUGUCCACUUUGCACAGACGCACACAGAGGCUGGUCCACCGGCUGAAAGCCAGUCAAGUCAGCGAUAUACUGCAGUCCUUGUUGAAGUUGCAGCAGAGAGAGGCCAUUUCCCUGGUGCUGAGGCUGAGACACAGAGCAUCACGGGUCUUAAAAGCUUUUAGUGAUGAUGAAGUUAUCAAGGUGCUCACUGCGCUGAUGACCCUGGGACAUCAUGAUGAAGAGCUCCUGUCUGCUAUGGAGAAACACCUGCCAGGGAGGCUGGGAAAGUGUGAUCCGGAGCUGAUCAGCACCGUCAUGGAGUACUGUCUGCAGAUGAGGUGCCGCUCUGAGCCAAUCUUCGAGGCUGUGGCUGAGAACUUUGUAUGCCAUGGUGAGAGGCACGGCACCCUUCAGAUUGCCAAACAGAUUGUCGCCAUGGGGAGACUCAACUAUCUGCCACAGUGCUCCGGUGAGAUGUUUAAAAAGCUGGAGAGCAUUUUGUCAGAAAGGUUUUCACAGUUCCAGCCUCGCUCCCUGAUAGAGGUGUUGCACGCCUGCAUCCACCUGGAACGCUUCCCAGUCAACUACGUGUCCAAAGUCUUCAGCCCCUACUUCCUACAGAGGCUGCAAGCACAAGGGGAGCCAUUAGACAAGAACGCACUGGGACAGCUGACACAGCUCCAUCUCUCCACCUCAUUAGAGUGCACUUACUACUGGGGUCCCAGACUGCCCUUCUUCCUCCAUGUGAAGAAGUUUUCCUCGAUGGACCAGGCCUUUGAGACACCUAUGGAGAGUCUCCUCUACAAACAGGUCAAAGGGCCGCUUACAGAGCUGCUGGGGGGGACGUUUUACUCCACCAGAAUCUUUACUCCCAGUGGCUACACAAUAGAUGUGGAGAUGUGCCUGGAUGAGAAAGGAUACGUUCUGCCUCUGUCUCAGUGGGAUCACACUUACAGGAGGAUGGCACUAUGCUUGGAUGGUGAAAAACGUUUCUGUAGCAACACACAGCACCUGCUGGGGAAGGAAGCCACUAAAAGGAGACACCUCCGCAGGAUGGGCUAUGAGGUGGUGCAGAUCCCUUACUUUGAAUUUGAGAAGCUGAGGACUCAGGAGGAUCAGGUCCAAUAUCUUCACAACAAGAUCUUUCCCACCAUCUUCAAGUUCAGUCACUGAUGUUAGCUACCCAACAAGUUCAAUGUACGAUUCCUCACGGACCUUUAUUAGUUGGUGCUUAUGUUGCUAUACAAAUCAAUCAACCUUCCAAUGAACUGCAUGAACGUUUAGCUAAGUGAUGCUGCGCACUAAUUAUGUACAAUAUGAAGAAGAUACAUGGCAUGGCAGAAACGGAAAUACUUUUAUCUGUGAUAUUCAGAUUCAGCUCAUACAUAUCCUAAUGUGAGGAUACAAGUAAAUAAAGCAGAUUUCAACAUUUCAGUCACAUACAGUAAACACCAAGUAACAGAGGCAUCAUUUAUCAUAGUUUAUAAUUGUAUGAACCAACCUGCCUUGUUUUGAGUGUCAAAGUUAAGAAAAACAGUUUUGCAAAAAAAGACUUUUAAAAAAACAGAUGAAGAUGAAUGAAAUGGCCGUCUCAGCAGCUGAAUGAUUGGCCAUUUGUGUGACUAUUUAUUUAAUAUUUGCACCUGAUAACUUCUGUUCAGCCUUAUUUUUAAUAGCUAUUGUUACGCCGAGUUUGCCACUGAUUUUAAAGGAGCAAAACCUAUGAAAAUAAUAAUGCCCAAUUUUUGUAUUCUGUUGAUUUAUUAUUUUAAAUGGACAUAAUACUGACUAUGUGAUGAAUGUGAAUAUAAAAUAUGAGUGGUGGUGUUGUGUCCUUUGCCCUUUUGUGCCGUUGGGACCUGAUUUUCUUUGGGAUAGGGAAAUAAUGUGACCUCAUUUACUGGAGAAGAUGUUUGAAAUGUACAAAUGUGUGACUUGGAAUAUGCUUUUAUUUGACUUUGAAGAUAUACCAAUUUUAGUUUAACUAUUGUCUUUAUUAAACUGGUGGUUGAUUCUUCAGUUGAUUGAACAUUUUACCAAACAUGUACAGGGUGUAAGUCAUUUCAGAUCUGUUGUGAAAAAAUUUAUAAACAGAUUUACAUGUCAAGAAGUUCCCCUACAUUAUAAACACCAAUAUUGUUAUUGACUGCUAUUGCUAGUGAUUUGAUUAGACAGACAGACACUGUGAAAAAAUGCAAUUGAGGUAUUUUUGAAAGAAAAGGAAU